AUGACAGCGAGUCCAGACAGUUCUUCCAUUGUCAAUCCUAUACAACUAAAGGACACCUCAAUUGAGGAAGAUUUUCCCGACAGAGAGAUUGUGGAACGCACCAGAACUCCAGACCUUGGGACAUACAACACACUCUUUGAGGAGCAACGCGACGAUCACACAGAAUGUAUCAAACCUCACUCGCCACCUACCACAACGCCGCUACCUUUGGGAUCAGAAGAUGAAAUGAUUGACGAAAGCAUCAUCGAAAAUCCUCCUUCACAGACCCUUUACACUCUGGCUGUUGAAAACACAGAUGGAAGCGGAAACGAGACCUCUGGUUCCUCCGGUACGCACAUCCGCAAGGCGCAGGCCCACCCUGGUGGAAGCUAG